AUGAUGGUCCCUCUCUCGGAGCAGGAACUAUACGACCACGCUGUCACGCUCGCCACCACCCUAACCGAGGAGAGCCGCGACUACGUCUCGGCCGCAACCAUCCACGCCGAGCACCUGCACGACCUGCCUGCCGCCGCCCGACUCCUCUGCCGAGGCUCGCGCUUCGGCGACGCCACGCGACUACUCGCCCUGAACGGCCAGCAGGCCCUCAUCCCCGAGAUUGUCGACACGGGGCUCGCCGACGCCAUGGGCACCAUGACCGACCUCCUCGCUGACUUCCGCUCGCAACUGAACGCCCAGGUGCCGCGCAUCCGGGAGUUGCGCGUCCGCCGCAUCACCGACCCCCUGGCCUACUUCGGCGGCGACCCCACGACCGGCGAGCUAGGCGUCGACAUCCCAGACAACGUGUCCCUGGCGCCGACGGACGCAUCGACCCUGGCCGGCCGCAGCAUGUUCACGCGGUACACGGGUAACACAGGCAAGACCGGCAAGACGAGCUCGUCGCGCCAGUCCUCGCGGAACCGCCGUCGCGAGGAGCGCAAGCGCGCAAAGGGCAAGAAGGGCACCGUCUACGAGGAAGAGUACCUGGUGAACAGUGUGCGACGAUUAAUCGAGCGCGUCAACACCACCAUCCCCGAGGUCGAGACGUUGGUGGAUGCGCUGCUGCGUCGGAACAUGCGUGAGCGUGCCGCUGCUGUCGAGAAGACCAUGCAGGAGGUGGUCAAGCUGUGCGUUGAGAGCCGCGAGGAAAUUGUUGGUUCCGCUGUCGAGACUCCCGCGCAGCAACAGCAGCAGCCUGACGAAAACCCCGAGGAGGGAAAUGAGUUCGCGGCUGUGGCGACAGACAGCCUUGCCUCGGCGCAGAAUCUGCAAAUACCGACGGUCAAAUCGAUGAAGCAAUCGGCUUUGUUAAAUUGA